AUACUCAACCAUCAGACAGUAGAAGGAGCUGACAAAGGUCACCAAAAGAUCUGAAGAAAUCCACUUGCCCAGACAAUCACCAUCCAUCACUGGACCUGAAGAAUAAAUUGAAGAUAUUGUGGUGCUUUUUGGUGGCCUGACACCCAUGAGAAAGAAGACCUAUCAACUCUGAUCUUCAAAGGACUUAAUAACUAAACCAUUUAACCUCCCUUAAAAUGAAGGCAUUCAGCAUUGCAGUUGCAGUGACACUCGUGCUCGCCUUUAUUUGCAUUCUGGAGAGCUCUGCUGUCCCAUUCAGUGGGGUGCAAGAGCUGGAGGAGGCAGGUAGCAAUGACACUCCAGUUGUGGCACAUCAAGAAAUGUCAAUGGAAUCGUGGAUGAUGCCAAAUCACAUCAGGCAGAAGCGUCAGAGCCACCUCUCCUUGUGCCACUGGUGCUGCAACUGCUGCAAGGGAUACAAGGGCUGCGGCAUGUGCUGCAAAUUCUGAGGAUUCCAGCAACAACCAUGAAAUAUUAAUUAUUUAUUAAGCCUUUUGUCUUACCCCAAGAAAUGACCUUUUCUUGACCUCUUUCUCCAAUGCAUUGCCUGUGCUACACUGUUUUGUUUCAUUCAUAGGUUUGAUUAAUGGAAGAGCAUUGGAAAAGAAUUGCUAUUCUUUGUAUUUAUUUUUUGUUUUACUACUUUUACCCUGUAAGUCUUUUUGUAAGCUCAAUGAUGUGUAAAUUUGUUUCUAAAAAUAAUUCAGAUGUGAUGUCUGUUUCUUCAUCUAAAUUAAGUCUAACAAGUUAAUAUUUGCGGAAUAAAUAAUGAACAUUUGAAGCAACUUCAAA